AUGAAUAACAAUGGGCGGAAUGUGCAUCCACAUGAGAUUAUAGGCAAUGGCAUUCAACCGACAGGCGGAGCAGAUGCAUUCAGUGCCGAAGACCAGGACCACAUUGCUGGGUUGCAGCAACCACUGAUGAAACCAGAACAUGACCCACAACCACGAGAUAUGCCCAUACCGCCCGAGCAACAGCAACAGCAGCAGCAACACCGCCAACCGGGAGGGUUGCAAGACAAGCAGGCUGAAGUAUCACGAGUGCAGCAAAAGAAACGGUCGGAGUUUAAAUUGAUCUCGGUGAGUUUCAAAGAAGCAGCUUUGGAUAGUCCCAGUUUCCGUGCAGCUGUCAACCACAUGGAUCUCCAGAUCAACAAUAUCGAAAACUGGCUUUUAGCGCUAAGUUCAUCGAUUAAAAAGAUUCCUCGAUACGUGAAAGAGGUGGAGAAUUUCUGCAAUUCGUUCUUGGAGCAUCUUGUGCCUGGUUUCUUGCAAGAUGGGAUGAUUGAUCAAGAGUACACGGUGCAGGCCUUGCACGCGACCUUGACUGGGUUAAAGUCCAUUUGGAGCAAGAGUUUGUUUGCGCUCACGAUGAAUCCGCAAAUGUUGAGCGAGAUGAGCAAUUUCAAAAAGACGCAUGUUGUCAAGUAUCGCGAGUCGCGCAAGCGGUACGAGGCGUGCCAGAGCAAAUACGACAAGUACCUUGCGUUGUUUGUCAGCACUUCCAAAUCGAAAGAUGCCGUUAUGGUUGUCGAAGACGCGAAGCAAUUGCAUCAAGUACGCAGAGACUAUAUCCAUGUGAGUCUCGAUAUGGUGGAGCAAUUGCAGGAUCUCGCUAACAAGCUUGACAUUUUGCUUGUUUCGUUGAAUUCGACUUUAUGGGAGAAGAAAUGGAGCCAUUUUGCCGCUGAAGAUAGCUCGCUGCAACUUCGAAGCCAAUGGGAAAAAGUGCGGCUGGUCCAAGCUUGGUGUGACUCGUAUUCGCUCGCGAUUGACAAGUUGAGACACGACAUGUCGCUGGCGAGGAAGCAAGUUGAAGAUGGUGCUAAUCACCAGUACCAGCCGUCGUUGAACCCUCAUGACUACAACUCGAGUUUGAUCAAUUACCGCUCUUUGACUGAGAUUGACGAAACAGGGAUUGAAAAGCACGGAUACUUGUUUAUGAAGACGUGGAUUGAGAAGUCGUCCAAGCCGAUAUGGGUGAGACGGUGGUGUUUCAUAAAGGAUGGUGUAUUUGGGAUGCUUUUGUUGAGUCCGUCCCAGACAUUUGUCCAGGAAAGCGACAAGAUUGGCAUUCUCUUGUGCAAUAUCAAGUACUCGCCCAAUGAAGACCGAAGGUUUUGCUUUGAAAUCAAGACGAGUGAGUUGACCAUCACCUUGCAAGCUGAGUCGAUUGUUGAGCUCAAAUCUUGGCUAAAAGUGUUUGAUAAUGAACGAACUCGAAUCACGGGCCAGCCUCCAGACAGCAGCUUAUUUCAAGUUGCAUCAAACCGAUUCCCGCCGAUCUUGUCGGAGUUUGCAUCAACUGUAAAUACCACCAUGGACCACGAGCUUUCGAAUUUGAAAAUCAUCAAUUCUGUGGGACAAACAAUUACUUCAAGUUCCCUCUCAAGAUUCAUUGGUAAAUUUGAAAAAUUCCACGAACGGCACUUGUCUUUCCAAAUUCCUCGAGUUCAUCCUCCCAUAAUGACCGACACGACCAAAUCCGCCAUUAUCGCGUACAGCUGCAUCCCGGCAACUGUCUUGCCCACUGCACUAACUGCAAACAUCUGGGGCUCGGUCAACUGGGGGCUCUACUAUUUGUACGACUCUCAAAAGGACUUGCCGCCAAAAGGGCGUGAAACAGGUGUUGACCUUGAAAUGAUCAACUUCCAGGAGACACAUCUCGGCUUUGAUAUCUCGUACCCAGAUUUCUACCCCAAGGAACUCAUCAAUUUUGAUAUCCAGAUGCGGGCCAUGUUUGAAAGCUCGGUGCAGCCUGGAGAAUAUUGCGUCAUGUCCUAUGGCUGUAUCUGGGCGCCCAACUCGAAGCAAGAGUUGACGGGACGGUGCUUUCUUACCCCGAAUAAUGUCUAUUUCUACAACCAGGCUCUUGGAUUCGUCGCGUUGUACAAAGGUUGGAUCGGCAGAUUUGUAUCUGUUGAGUGCACUGCGCAAAAGGACUACGAUCUUUUAAAGAUUUACGAUGUGGAAGGUGUGAUCAAGUUGAAAUUGUUUCUCGAAGACGGCAACAUGAUCAAGCGGAAAUUGUCUUACUUGAUAAACAAUAUGGCCAGCGAUAAGCCGAAACGGUUGAGAGAGGUGCUCUUGGCGUUUAGCGAGAUUGAAAAGGAAGUGCACCAAGACGAAGAAGACCAGCGCAUUCUCAAGAAAAUCAAUGAGUUGUCGAAGCAGUUGUCUAGUAAGAAUUUGUCAAAUGAUAAGUUGAUUCUCAGCGGCGAGGCAUCUUCCAUUAUACCCUAUACAAAGGGAACUGACCAACCUCGAACAGUGGACUUUCGAGAUCAGUACGAUUUUGUGUCUGAGUACAGCUAUCCCGUACCUCCCAAGGCCCUAUUCCACGCUUUUCUUGGGGAUGACUCUGCCAUUUUCCGAGACGACGAGGCACUCACAAAGAUCAAUUCCUAUAUGAGCAAAUCGUGGAGAAACAGCGAACUAACGGGGAAAUUGUACAGACAGGCUAACCUUUUAGUUGAAUAUCAUGGAGAGUCGCGUCCUUUACAUUUUGAGCAGCAGAUUGACACCAUGGAUGAUAACGAGUACUAUACUUUUACAAACUCAGUAUCCGAAAUUGAAUUCUUUAUUGGUGCGCCAUUCCAAAUAGUCCAGAGGUUUGUUAUAGUUAGCAUAUCUGGCAAGCGAAGCAAAGUCUUUUUUUACGUUCAAAUCAAUUUCAAGUACUACUCGAUAUGGAACCCUUUGGUUAGACAGAUUGCCUAUAAGAUAACCGAGGGCCGAUUCCGCAAGAUCAAUCGCACGUUGAAGGAAGUCGUUGAGGCCUUGGGCCACCGUGGUACCAUUGUAAAAGCAAUUUACUUGUAUGGAAAAUUGAGCCACACAAGGGACAAGGAGAAAGUCGAGCCUAUCCCAUUGAUCAAGAUUGGGUUUCUUUACAGCUUGCAGUUGCUCAUAAACAAAAUAUUGCGCAUGGCUGAAAGCUACUGGCUCUGGAUCGGCAAGUGCUUUUUCAGCUGUUUGAAAUUCGUUGCCGGAAUAGUCAGCGCCAACUAUGUGUUUAUUGCAAUCAUCAUAGGCCUUUUGGUUUUGAACAUCAUGCUCGUGGGCAAGUCGAGUAUGAACUACUGGACGGCGCACAACGCAAGCAGCACGAUCAAGAAGUACAUGUCCCACGAGCCGCUAGUGAUGCAAAGAGCAGUCUAUUCCAAAGAUGUGCAAACGUAUCUCAACUCGGCCAUGCUUGCAGAUAACCGCACAAGCCAGCACAAGCCAUUCAAGAUUUUCCUCAAGGCUUCGUUUUUACAAAAUUUUAGAAAUACAAGCACAAUAGACUGGGGGGACUAUUUCAGCGACGACACGUUGUCAGUUGCUAAAAACCUCAGAAGCUCGUUUCAAGACAUUGGAGUCAAACGGCACGAGUUGUUGGUUCAGUUGAAGAUCUUGAACCAGAUGGAAAAGGAACUAGCCGUUGCCGAAUACGUCAAUUGGCUCAUGAGCGAAAUCCAGCGGUGCGACUAUAUGCAAGAAAACAUCUUUGUGCAGUUAGUGAACGCGGAGAUGACUGAAAAAAGUUCUCGGGCUCGGACGCGGGAUUCGGAUCCGAGCAUUAGAAAGAUCAUGGAGUAUUGCAGAGACUGCAGAAACGCGUUGAAUGAAAUGAUAUGA